AUUGAUUUAGAAUAGUCUUUUCUUUGACUGAGUCUUAAUCAAAACACAAAUCAAAAUAAAUAUAUAAAGAACUUAAACGAAGGCAAAUGCUUUUUUCUUUCUUACAAAUCUCAUCGAGAGUCUUGUCUUUAGACAUAAAAAAUGGCUAACCCCAACGAGUGGUCUCAGUUCUACAACACCAACCAAACCUAUUUCACAACUUCCACCACCGCUUCAACCGCUGUCACAACCACCACCACGACCGGUGACACAACCUCUAUAGACUCUCGUCUAAGUCCAGAAACUGGCCGUGUAACCAAGCCAACACGUAGAAGAUCCAGAGCCUCACGUAGAACACCAACAACGCUUCUCAACACCGACACUUCAAACUUCCGUGCCAUGGUUCAGCAAUACACUGGUGGUCCAUCAGCUAUGGCUUUUGGGUCUGGUAACACUACUUCUGGUUUCAGCCUCACUUCUUCCUCUGAUCCAUCCGCUGGAUCUUCUCAACAUGUUCCUUGGCAAUAUAAUUUCCAGCCUCACGCGCCGCUGCAGCAGCCUCAACGGCCUUAUAUGUUUUCUUUGAACAACGUGAACCCCGUGGUCGGGUAUAGUAGUAAUAACAUGAACAACCCUAACACGGUUGUUUCGGGUAUGUUUGGGACGGUGGAUGGUUCUGUUGGAGGAGGCUCAGCUCCGUCGUCUAAGGAGGUUACGAAUAGUAACACUUCUUCUUCGAGGUUGCAAUGAGAAAACGAUUUGAUUCUUUUUGAACUUUUUUUUUUCUUUUGUUUUUGUUUUUGGGUUUUCGCAUAAAGGCAGAAAUGUUAGGUACUGACUUUCUUUGUCAUAGAAUGAAAACUUUGACUUUUUUUUUUGUAUAUUUACGUUUUUUUUCUUCUUUUAAAUUUGAGAUUUAUCUUUCUCUUUAGGAUUUUAGUAUAAGUUUAUGGGCGUUAUCAUGGACCUAAAAUAAUAAAUAUUCAAUUCGGAAGUUAGUUGCAUACUUGCAAGUAUGCUUCGAUCCAAA